AUGACAACAAUCCCUCCCCAGGCCCCGGUCAUCCAAGGUCUGGUCAGUGACAAGGUGAAGGCAGGUCAAACCUUGAUGCUGCUCUGCCUGUCCCACGGAGGAAACCCACUGGCCACCCUGCAGUGGACCAAGAACGGCGAGGUGCUGUCCACCAGCUGGGAGGAGGACACGGUGGCUAAGAGGUCCAGCAGGCUGCUCCGCCUGGACGUGCGGCCCCAGGACAACCAGGCCCUGCUGGGCUGUGAGGCCACCAACCUGGUGUCCAAGGCCCCGCUGUCCAUCCUACGCAGGAUCACUGUCCACUUCGAACCCAAAGAGGUGAAAGUGCUGGGGUCCUUCAAGGCCAUCGAGGGGAAGGAGGUGUCUCUGUCUUGCUACGCCAGCUCCAGUAACCCUCCCGUCCAGAUCCGCUGGUGGCUGGGCUUCCGGGAACUCAACUCCACCUCCGUCGUUCUGGAAGAGGGAAGCCACGGAGGCAUGACCAGCAUGUCCAAUCUGACCCACCUCGUGUCGCGCCAGGAGAACGGACUUCCACUCACCUGCGAGACCUUCAACAAGGGCACACGCUUCUCCAAGAGCCACUCCACCAACCUUCAGGUCUACUACCCUCCUCAGAAAGUGUGGUUGGAGGUUCCUCCAGAGGACAUCCCCCUGCGCUCAGGAACCACCGUCCAUCUUGUGUGCUACUCCAGCGGGGGAAACCCAACCGGAAGCCUCACCUGGUACAAGAAUGGGAAGGCCGUAGAAGCUUCCAGGCUGUUGCCCUCAGACAAGGGAGUGUCCAGAGAGCUGGUUCUGCUGCUGCAGCCUAGCGACAACCAAGCUAGUUACCGCUGUGUUGCCACCAACAGUGCCAAGAAGAUACUCUCGACCUCCACCACGCUGCUCGUCCAGUUUCCAGCCACCAGCGUAAAGAUCGAGGCCCGGCAGAGUGUGCUUCACAGCGGACAAACAUUGCAGCUCGAGUGCCUGACUGGGAGUAGUAACCCCCAGACCAACAUCUCCUGGAGCCUCGGGCCCCAGAGGUGCUUCUCUCUGUAUCUCUAUCUUUCAUUUUCUCCAUCUGUCCUUCUCUGGUUGUCUCUGUCCCUCAGGCUACAGGGGGUGGACCUGAGCAGCAGACAGGCAGAGUUUGGUGGGGUGUCGGUGCGCAGUAGUCUGCUCUUGCUUCUGGAAUCGCGGCACCAUGGCAAAAGGCUGGUCUGCCAGGCCUACAGCUCUCUGCUGUCUGAGGGAGUCAACACCUUCUACAAGCUCGACGUGCUCUUUCCUCCAGAGUUCAGCCCCGACCAGCCCAAGCAGGUUCAGGUCCAGGAAGACGAGGAGGCGACCCUCCCCCUGCUGGUCUCAGCCAAUCCGGACGAGGUCUCCUGCAGCUGGCUGUACCGCAAAGAGCUGCUCCAAGAGGGGGAUGCUGCAGAGCUGAGGAUAGUGAAUGCGACCAGGAGAGAUGCCGGCGUGUACACGGUCCAGUGUACCAACGAGCUGGGCAGCAGCCACACUUCCGUCACCCUGGACGUCCUGUACGCCCCCAGCGUGAAGGCUGAGGUGAACCCUGUUUACGUGGACGUGGAGGGGACGGCCGACCUGCUGUGCGUGGCGGACGCCAACCCCGUCCUAUCCGGCAUGUUCUCCUGGAUGUGGCUGGGGGAGACGGACGAGGAGAUGGAGAUUGGGGAGGAGACCCAGAGGGAGGAAACAGGCCUGCUGACCAUCCUGGAAGUAACCCGGGCCUCGGCAGGGCGCUACCAGUGCACUGCUGACAACGGCAUAGCGCCCCCUGCCAGUGUGGAGGUGGAGCUGGUGGUGCGCUUUAAGCCAGAGCUCCAGAAGGGGCCCCAGUGGACCAAGGUGGCCAGUCGGGGGGAUGGCACCAGCACAGCUGAGGUGGUGUGCCAGGCCGAGGGCAUCCCCAGGGUCGAGUUCUCCUGGGCCAAGGACGGCGUGCCCAUGGACUUCUCCAACCCCAGGUGCCGCUGCUACUUCAGCUCCUUCGCUCCCUCUCUGAAGACAGCGGGAAUUUGCCGUUGGGUCUCUGGGUGUGUUUUCACACGUGUGUGUGUGUGUUUGUUUGUUUCACGCUUGCGGGUGUUUGUUUUCACCUGUGCGUCUGUGCUCGUUUUUUACAUAAUAUGCGCAUCCAUGUUUGCGUUUGCUUGUUUGUUUUCACACGUUGGCGUGUGCGUGUGUCCGUGUGUAUGUUUGUCCCACGUGCGCGCGCGUGUGCUCCCCAGAUACGAGGAGCAGACCGUGAGAGAGAGCUUCAUCCACACCAGCACGGUGAAGGUGGUGAACGUCAGCGCCGCGCUGGACUAUGUGGUCUUCACCUGUGCCGCUCGCAAUCUGCUCGGAGAGGAUUCCCUGGACAUCCAGCUUCUCAGCACCAAUCAUCCUGACCCUCCAUCAGGGCUCCGUCUGGUCGACGUGACCCACAACUCGAUCACUCUGGAGUGGAUCCCGGGCUUCGACGGGGGCCUGGAGCAGAGGUUCAGAGUACGGUACCGCUGGGCUCAGUCUGCCAGCUUCCUCUACGUGGACGUGCACCCUCCCAGAGCUAGCGUCUUCGCCGUCACCAGCCUCUCCGCCGACACCGCCUACAACCUUUCCGUCAACGCCCUGAACGCCAUCGGCGAGAGUGGCUACGCUGACAACAACGCUGUUCUCACCAUCACCACCAGGGAGUCACUGGAAAGUGGGGUUGACACGGAAGAACCAGGACGAGGCUCAGAGAAGGACAGUGAUCUGUUGACUUCCCUGUUGGUGUCCUUCGGGGUGGGAGGAGUCUUGCUGCUGAUCAACAUGCUGGGAUGCUUCCUGGUACUCAGGUGGAGGAAGAGGCGGGGCCAAACAGAGAGUCAAGGAGAAAGUGUGUCGGAGGAGAAGAAGAGUGCGGAGGAGAGGUCCACCCUGUCCACGGUGAGCAGCUCCAGCAGGUACGAAGUGAGGGAGAGGGUGAACCCGGCCGCCCAGCACACCCUCCUCAUCGACUCGGGAUCCGAACCGGACGGCAGCGUCUACGAGAGCUGCGGCGCGGAGAGUUCUCAUUAUUACUACCCCACCGGUGACUACCGGCCCUCUCUCCCCCCGGUUCUCGAGGGCCCGCCCACACACGGGGCCCGCUACCCGGGGGGGAGCCACGAGUAUGAGGAGGUGAGGGACUGGGGUUUUUACCAGGACGUCCUGCCUCCCUCUCUGCCCUCACCCCCCCCCUACGCCGGACCCAGGGUCCCCCCGCAGGGGGUAACCAGGAGACCCCCUCUCCUGUACCCGGAGAGAGGAGGGAGGGCCACGGCUUUCAGGGAGCAGCCAAUCAGAAUAAACGAUCGCACGGCUGACGGGCCACCCCCGAGAAGCGAUUAUGACUUGCCCUUUGAACUUCGGGGAGAGCUGGUGUAGUGAGGUUAGACCUCAAUUUCAUCACGUGGAUCCAAGUCCAGACUUUCUCAUGCUAACCUCAAGAAGUGGACUGUUGUUUGGUGUAGACAUUGUAUAAGUGUGGUCAUUGGGGUGCAGCAUAGUCAUUUAGCAUAUGUGUUGUUGUUAAAACCAUCCUCUGUAUCGUUGUUUUCAUUCAAAUAACCGAAAGAAAACGCUUAAAAAUAUUUAAUCAUCGUUGUUUGUGUAUGUUUCUGUCAGAAAAUGACCUAAAUGUGGACGUCGUGAAACAUCACGAGAUCAUCCGUGUUUCCUCAAGCCGAGUCCUGUGGU